AUGGAGGCGACGCAGGCCGGGCUCCUCGACAGCUUUCGCACGGGAAAGCGCCGACUCAUCCAGCAAGUGCUCACGAAGCUUGGGCAAGCCGAAACCUCGGACGACCACGAGUACCAGAUUCUGCGUGACCGCCACCUCGAGCUGCUCAACGACGUUGAAACCCUUGUCGUGAGCAUGAAGAGCUUUGCUGCUAAUCUCAUUGCGCUUGGACACGGGUGCAGCUCGCUCGGUGGCAGCGUGGCCUCAGUGCGCAGCACUGUGGCUGGGGACAACAACCGAACGCACUCGUCUUCGUCGUUGCAAGCUGGAGGAGACACAGGCUCCUUCGCCAUCUCGAUGGCCAACGUAGAUAACAAGGCCCGCGAAUUGGCGAACAUUACACUGUCUACCGCGAUGGCAUCGUCGCUCCAAAAGAUGCUCGGCGACCUUCAUGAGUUCAAGAAGGAAAUGGACAAGCGUGAAAAGCUCAAGCUCGACUACGACUCGGCUCGCCGAAAGCUCCAGAAAGCACGCGAGCAGCAACAAGCUCAAGACAUUAUGCGGCGCGAUGCCAAGCUCAAGCAAGCGGCGCAGGCACUGGAUACUGCCACGAGAAUCAUCAUGAAGAAGAUGGCGCAGUACGAGUCACUCCGCCCGACGCUUUUCCAAGCCGAGCUCGAUGCGUUCCGAAAGCUCCAAAUGGCUUUUUUCCAAUCGUGUGCCACGGCCUUCGGCGCACCUACAGCCGCGGACGCCAAGGCAGACGAAAUCUCCCAGGCUGAGGCCGUCUCGUUCAGCCCGUGGGGGUGAUAUCUGCAUUUUCCAGCAGCUUGAUAACUACUGAAUCACUCUAUUCGACAUCGCUCC